AAAUAAAUCAGUCAAUUGCACUGUUAAUAUUCAAGAUAGAUGAUUCUUGAGGAGCCACCGCCCCCUCAGAGGAGUUGUAAUUAUCAAAUUUGUAUUAUUGUGCUCCAUUUGUUAUAUAAAUAGAAGAUGAUUACUUCUCCUCAUCCACAACAGAGUUGUGUUUGCUAAAACACAAGAUGAUAUCAUUCUCAGUCAUAGAAAUUUUUUGCUGCUUGUGCUAAAUUUCAAAACUCCCUAAAGUUUUGUGUCUUUGCUCCAUUCUGAUUCAGUCAUACAAUGUCCUACUACACAACUUCUUUCAAAUCCAUUAUGCACUUGCUACUCCACAUUUUUUGUUUUCAAACUCUCACAAAUGCCAUUUCCGCUUUUCCAGGAAAUACAACUGAUCAUAUGGCCUUGAAAGCCUUCAAGGCCAAGAUUUCAAAAGACCCUCAAGGGAUUUUGAAAUCUUGGAAUGAUUCUGUCCACUUCUGCCAGUGGGAAGGCAUCACUUGUAGCCGUAGAAGGGACAGAGUCACUCUCUUGGAUCUAUCAUCCAGGGACUUGGUGGGUUCUUUGUCUCCUUUCAUAGGGAACUUGAGCUUCCUUCAAGAGAUUAGCCUCUCAAAAAAUAGUUUUUAUGGUGGUAUCCCACUCGAAAUUGGGCGUCUAUUCAGGUUAAAGAUCCUCAGUCUCUCUAAUAAUUCUUUUGGAGGAAGGCUCCCAUCUAACCUAUCUCAUUGCUUCAACCUCCAUUUCCUCGAUGUUAGUGGAAACAAGUUAGAGGGAAAGGUUCCAGUGGAGAUUGCUUCCAUGUCCAAGCUCACAACUCUUUAUAUCGACAAAAAUCAUUUUACUGGAGGAAUCCCACCCUUCAUUGGGAAUCUUACCAAUUUGAUAAACUUCGAUACAAGUCAUAAUGACCUUGGAGGCAUCAUUCCUGAUGCACUAGGCCAAUUAAGAAGCCUGCGCUUUCUUGCACUCGAAGAAAAUAGUCUUUUUGGCAAGAUCCCCUCAUCAAUCUAUAACCUUUCCACGCUUUCUGCUUUCACCAUAUCCAGUAAUGAACUUGAAGGAAAUCUUCCGUGGGAUAUAGGACUCACCCUUCCUCAUCUAACAGUCUUCGCUAUGUGGAAAAACAACUUUAGUGGGCAGAUUCCAGUAACAUUUUCCAAUGCUUCAAAACUUGACACUUUACAAUUGCAAAAAAAUAAAUUCUCAGGAAAGAUAACAGUUCCUUUUGGGCACCUACAACAUCUACGGGUUCUACUUUUGAAUCAUAAUUAUCUAGGAACUGGAGACGCUGAUGAGAUGAAUUUUUUAACUUCUUUGGUCAACUGUAGCAAAUUGCGAUAUUUACACCUUGGUAUAAAUCAAUUUCACGGGAGAUUGCCAAAAUCUAUAGCCAAUCUCUCAAGUCAACUAAGUUUCCUCCUCUUUGCAAAGAAUAACCUUUUCGGAGGCAUCCCUCCAGGGUUAGGGAAUCUUGUCAGUUUAAAUGAUUUGCGAUUGCAAGAAAAUCAGUUUACAGGCAAAGUUCCAAAAGAAAUAGGUCAACUUGGACAACUUCAAAGAUUAUCUCUUGGCAGAAAUAAUCUUUCAGGAGAAAUUCCAAAUUCUUUUGGAAACUUAACAUCAUUGAAUACGCUUUUUUUAGAACAAAACAAGUUAAAUGGAAGCAUACCUUCAAGCCUUGGGAACUGCCAAAAAUUGGAGGAACUAGACCUUUCUCAAAAUGAUCUUAGCGGCUUCAUACCCAAAGAACUUUUCAGCAUUUCUAGUUUGAGUAUUAUGCUCGAUCUUUCUUAUAAUCAUCUUGUUGGAUCUCUACCUUUAGAAGUUGGUCAAUUGAGACACUUAGGUUCACUAUAUGUAUCUGACAACAUGUUGUUAGGAGAAAUUCCAAAUAGCUUGACUGGCUGCACCAGUCUAGAGGUCCUUCACCUUGAUAGAAACCACUUUCGAGGUAGCCUUCCUGAAUUUUUAAGCUCUCUAAGAGGAAUUCGGGAACUUGAUCUUUCUGUCAACAACUUCACAGGUAAGAUCCCUCAAUUCAUGGCAAAUCUCGCAUUGGAGUAUUUGAACUUGUCUUUCAAUAACUUGGAAGGAGAGGUGCCAACAAAAGGCAUCUUCAGAAAUGCAAGCGUAGUUCUUGUUGAAGGAAACAAGGACAUUUGUGGGGGAAUCCCUGAACUUAGAUUGCCUAAAUGCAGCAUCAAAGCAACAAAGAAAGGGGAAUUGUCACAUACUAAAAGAAAAAACAGAGAUCAGUCUUCUAGAUUCUCCUUGAAAGAGCCUCUAAGGCAACUUUCUUACCAAAGCCUCCUUAAAGCAACAGAUGGGUUUUCUUCAACAAAUUUACUUGGUAAAGGAAGCUUCGGUUCUGUCUACAAAGGAGUUCUCGAAGAAGAUGGAGCUCAUGUUGCAGUCAAAGUACUUGAUCUUUUGUAUCGAGGAGCUUCCAAGAGUUUCAUGGCAGAGUGUGAAGCCUUGAAGAACAUUCGUCACCGAAACCUUGUAAAGAUCAUAACUUCUUGCUAAAGCAUCGAUUUUCAGGGAAAUGAUUUCAAGGCUCUAGUUUAUGAGUUGAUGCCCAAUGGAAGCUUGGAUAAUUGGUUGCAUGCAUCUGCUCAAGAAACAAAUAAUGGCCAAAGCAGAGUCCAGAGUCUAAGCCUAUUACAGAGGAUAAGCAUUGCUACUGAUGUCGCCUCCGCUCUUGACUAUCUCCAUUACCAUUGUGGGAAGCCAAUUGUUCAUUGUGAUCUAAAGCCGAGCAAUGUUCUUCUAGACAACGACAUGACUGCUCAUGUUGGGGAUUUUGGGCUUGCAAAGUUUAUUUCAUCAGAAUCCACAAUGUCAAACCAAAGUAGCUCUGUUGGAGUGAGGGGAACAAUUGGGUACGCU